CGAUUGCGAUUGGGAUUGCGAGACUUCAAAGUUUGUCGAAGGUGCUAUUUGGCAUCAGUUGUAUUCGACGCGUGGAUACCAACAAAAGGAGUGUGUUCUUAUAGCUCGUGUUUUUCUGGUUUAAAAAGUUGAAUUUUUGGUUUUGUUUUAUUAAACGUCUUCAUCUCAGACAAAUAAAUAAUAAAUUUCAACCUAUCGUUUUUGUUUAACCCAGACGAAUAGACGUUUGCUGAAAAUGGCUCUAUAGAAAUAAAAAAAAAAACUUAAUUCUACUACAGCAACAUUGCGCAAAGUGAUAAGUCAAUUAAAAACAUAUAAACAGUGAUUUCAUACAUAUAAAAAAACAAAUAAAAAAUAUAACGUUUUCAAAAUGAUGAAACUAUUUAAAAAGAAGGAUAAUUUAAAGUCCGAAAUAAUAACAACUUCCCCAACAGAACGAGUUCCAACAAAUGGAAAAAAAUUAAACUUAACAUGUUUGCAAUUGGAACGCAGACUACAUAAAGAACUGAUGUCCUUGAUUAAGGAACCACCACCAGGAGUUACUGUUGACGCCGAAAGCAUUAGUCAAAAUUUAGCUGAAUGGAAAAUCAAUAUUGAAGGUUUUGAAGGAACCUUAUACGAAGGCGAACACUUUCAACUGCUAUUCAAAUUUAAUAACAAAUAUCCAUUUGACUCACCUGAGGUAACAUUUAUUGGAUCAAAUAUUCCAAUUCAUCCGCAUGUAUACUCAAAUGGUCAUAUCUGCCUAUCUAUUUUGACUGAUGACUGGUCACCGGCAUUAUCGGUGCAAUCUGUGUGUCUUAGUAUAGCUUCUAUGUUAAGCAGUUGUCGUGAAAAGAAACGACCUGCCGAUAAUACACUUUAUGUUAAAACGUGCAAUAAAAAUCCUAAGAAAACGAAAUGGUGGUACCAUGAUGAUUCAGUGUAAUUAAUGUUAUUUCCCAGUCUUUCCCUUUUCUUGGAAAACUAAAUAUAUAUAUAUGGUUUCCCUUAUAAGAUAGAAUUCUAAAUCAAACAAAAUUUCGAAGAUUGUCUUUGUUCAGAUCACCUUAGACUUACCUAAUACUUCAACAACAGCAAAAACUUCUUCAUCACUGUGGAACUAAAACUAAGCUUCGAAUUUCAAUUAAUUAUUAUUGUUUAAUCAAUAAUAAUAUAAUAAUUUGUAUCUAUAUAAAAAAAGGAAGAGCAAAACUCUUAUGUAUUAUUUUUUAGUGUCUAAAUAUUAUUUUUUUUUGUGGCAAUUUAUUAUUAUAAUGAUAAUGAUUUAUUUGUAAUUCAUUCUAUAUAAAAAAAAGAAUAAAAUAAUAAUAAUAAUAAUUGAUAAAAAUACAUAUAUCCCUGUGACGCAAUCAAAAAAACCCGAUAGAUGUAUGGAUAUUGAAAGUGAGUUAUAUAAAAGUAAAAACAAAAUGUGAAUCUAUUUGGCCUUAAAUCAAAAAAUUAUAUAAAACAAAAAUAAAGGUAAACUUACAAAAAUAAAUCUAUAAAUCAUUUAAAAGUCCAUAUUACAAAAAAUACAAAAAAAUAGAAUAUAUCUUUAAUUGAUUGUUUGUGAAAAGAAUUACAAUAAAAAACAUUCCAAUAACAUCGGAACUACUUACAAAUAUAAAAAUACAUUGCUCUGCUAAACUUCUAUAACCAUAAAUAAUUCAUAUUUACAACAAACAAACAAAAACACAAAGCAAAUCUAUUUUACACACGAAAACACACACCACACUGAAUGAUCUCCUUCUCUAGAUAUUGUGUAACUAUAAAAUGAAAAACUAAUUUUUUUACAAACUCUCAAUAAAAUAUAAUAUGUUAUAAAUUCAAUUUAAAUACAAUACAAAAACUCUUUAUUAUUCAAAUUCAUAUUUGAAGAAAAUAAUAAAAACAAAAACAAACGAAAAAUAAAAAAUAGUAUAUCUCUAAAUUGUAAAAACAAAAGAAAACAAAUUGUUUAAAUUAAACACACGGCUAAAGUGAAGAAAAAGAUGGUAAUUAUAAACUCAUGUUUUUGUAUUAACUAUUAUUUUUUGUAAAAGCAAAAAUAUUUAAUAUACAAGUUAUUAUUAUGUAUUGAGCUUACGUUUUGUUUUUAAAAAUUCAAUAUAAAAUUUGUUUAACAAAAACAAAACAAAAAUAAGAAAAACAACAACUGGAUGUGAAUGUUUUAUGAAUUACAAAACAAAAAAAGUUAUCAUUACCUAUGUAUUGUAUAUCGUCUUAAUUAUAUUUUAAGUAGUUGUUAACACAAAUCGUAUAAAAUAAUAAUAUUAAUAAUAAUAAAAACAAAAAACUAUUUUAAUCAAAAAUUCAAA